AUGCUCCCAACCAUCCUACUUACUCCUGAUAUUGACGUGGAUAUUAUAAUCACUGGUUAUGAGCAGCGCUUUCCUUUGCGAUUUUACUGUUAUUGCUCUAAUAUAGACUGUCAGGUCGAACUUUGGACAAACAUACCAACUGCCGUUGAAAAGGAAUGGAAAGGAGUCCCCUUCUCAGAAAUAGCAGAUCAGCCUCAACAUUAUCAACUUGACUUAGACAUUCUCCAUGUUCCUCCUGGAGUGUAUGAAUUUACGUUGAGAUUUAUUGUUCCAACAGCUGAACAGGAACAACAAUCGUCAAUAAUGCCUCAGUGGGUUUGGUAUGGAAAGCCAGGACAGAAUGGUAUAUUACGUAUUUUACCCUGUCCUACAGCGAAUAUUUUUGAAUCGCCUAUACUGUACACCACCCUUCCUGAAUUAAAAUUAGUAAAUGCUUUUGAGAAAACAGAAAGGCGUGGCACAAACAGCGACGACCUACUUCUAGUACUUCACCAUUUCAGAGCUCAGUCUUCAUCAUCAUGUAUACCCUUGCAUCAAAUGAACCAUCCCCUUCACAGCUACGUUGCUUUUAUAAGAAAAGGAUCCACCUGGCUAACACCUGUUGCAGGCAUGCAUCAUUUCCAUGAUCGAAACCCACAAGAAAAAUGGCAGUGCCUUUUAUAUCAAGAUUUAAAGGAGGGUAAGAUUCAUUUAUGGAUGGCUGUGAGCCAGAAUUCAGACUGCUGGUUAUCGCCAGCAACAACAACCACAUCAAACAUGACUAUUGCCGCCACGGGUUUAAAUCUACAUUGCCCUUCUGGUAAAGUAGCACAUCUUUUGAUCGUUUCUAGCUACGCUUCUCCUACCGCCAUUUCUACCACUACAUUUAAAGCUCACAACAGCGUUUGCCAACAGUUGUUCCAACUUGCUGUUUCUUACUAUGAACAAUGUAUCAAAAAACAGUCUAAGGGUAAUGGAAGCAAAAAGGAAUGCCAACUAACCCUUGUAGACAAAUUUGAACCAUUUGUUGCUAAACAAGACUCAUUUCAUGUGGAUAAGCUUGGCUUUUGUACGUGGAAUGCCUUUAAAAAGGAGGUCAGCAUGGAGAAAAUUGAAGCCGCUUUAACGAGCUUCGAGCAACAACAGAUUCCUAUUCAAUACUUAUUAAUAGAUGAUGGCUGGCAAAGCACAUCACCUUCCGGUCAAAUGUUGUCGUUUGAUACCUUUCAUUGUCGUUUCGGCGAUACACUGCAGAAUGCUAUAACAAAUUUGAAAAGGAAUCAUCCAUUGAUUCAACAUAUCGGUGUAUGGCAUACCCUGGCUGGAUAUUGGUAUGGCAUGGAUGAAAGUUUUGCUAAAAACUCUGGUUAUUCGUGGACAUUUUCAACACAUCAACAAGACAGUCGCUCUGUAGGCUUAGUAACCGAUCCUCAUCAAUUUUAUGAAGAUUUCUACAAGUUUUUGAAAUCUGCAGGUGUUGAUUUUGUCAAAGUCGAUAAUCAGGGCGGUUUUCAGGACCUUCGCAUUCGAGCAGAAGCUGAUAAUAUGUCUGUUUGGGAUGCCUAUAGAAAAGCAAUGGUUCAAAAUGCUGAUCGCUACUUAAAUGGCCAGGUGAUACAUUGUAUGGCAUUAACGCCUCAUAUCCUGUUUGAUCUCUAUACCCAUAAGAAGACUAGGCUCUCUUUUAGAAAUAGUGAUGACUUCUUCCCUGAUGUAGCAGAUAGCCAUGCAUGGCACAUUUACGCAAACGCUAUCAAUUCUUUGCUAACCUCCCAAUACCCAGACAUCAUCAGCGACUGGGAUAUGUUUCAAUCAGAUCAUCCAUUUGCCGAAUUCCAUGCUACAGCUCGAGCUAUUUCUGGUGGCCCUAUCUAUAUUACAGAUGUGCCUCUGAAACACAAUAAGCAAUUGAUUAUGAAACUGGUCGCGCAAACAAGACAGUCAACUUACUCUAUUCUUCGAUUCUCUACACCACCUCAACCUAGCUUCGAUACAGUGUUUGGUAACCCAAUGGGCCGUCUAUCGAUCCUAAGCCUUUAUAACAAACAUUGCGAAGACAAAGAGAACAAUGCCGAAGAUAAAGCUCCCAACUGCAUUUGUAGCUCGAAUGCGACAGUAAUGGAAUAUGGAGCUUGCGGAUUUUGGAAUCCUAAAAGCCAAGAGCAACUAGGAGCUGUUAGCAGUAGUGCCAUUUUUGGUGUUGGAAAGAAUAUUGGGCUUGCCUAUCAUGUAGCCCGCAUCAUUACAGGGCCUGAACAAGGU